CUUCUCCCACAUUUCUCUCCUUCACCAGAUCUCUCAAAAACCUCACACACAGACUCAAAUGCUUCACUGAGAGACACACACAAACACAAACAGAGAUAGAGUGGUAGCUUGAAUUGCUUCGAUUUGCCCAUGUCUCCACCACCCAAUUACGAUUUUCAGGAAUGGUGGAACAAGGAGAAAGAGAGGGACCAACUAUUAUUCUCUAACAAAUCUGAAAACCCUAAGUUAUCUACUUCGGUGGAGAUCGGUAGUCCAAUCGUCGUUGCCGAUAGUGCUAUUGAGAAAGACCGGAGUCGGAAUGCUCGCCAGCUCUCUUGGGUUUACCUUCUCAAGUUCCAGCAAGCUUUCAAUGCUCUCAUCUGGGUUACCAAUGGAUCCGUCUCUCUCAUCCGUACAGCUAACCGGAGAAUCGCUUCGUCUUCUCCUUCGAGGACUCAAUCUCGGCUUUAUCGGAUUAUUAAGGUGUUCUUGGUUCUUGUUAUUUUGUUGCUGGUUUUUGAGCUUUUAGCUUACUUCAAAGGAUGGCAUUUCAGUCCUCCUUCAAUGGCGAAAGCAUUGGACUUGGUUGAGCUUGUUUAUGCUACUUGGCUCAAUAUAAGAGUGAAUUAUCUGGCGCCACCGUUGCAGAGUCUGGCCAAUGUUUGUAUUGCUCUGUUCUUGAUCCAGUCGGUGGAUCGGAUCGUUUUGGUGCUGGGGUGUAUCUGGAUCAAGUUUCGUAAGAUGAAGCCUAUUCCAUUGAUGGAAUUUUCUGGGGACAUUGAGAAUGAGAAUGCUGAGGAUUAUCCGAUGGUGCUGAUGCAGAUCCCGAUGUGCAACGAGAGGGAGUGUUAUCAGCAGUCAAUUGCAGCACUUUGCAUACAGGACUGGCCUAGGAACAGAAUGCUCAUACAAGUCCUAGAUGACUCUGAUGAUCUGGACUGUCAACAUCUUAUCAAGGGUGAAGUACAGAAGUGGCAACAGAAGGGUGUAAGGAUUGUGUAUAGACACCGUCUCAUCCGCACAGGGUACAAGGCUGGGAACCUCAAAUCUGCAAUGGGCUGUGACUAUGUAAAGGAUUAUGAGUUUGUGGCAAUCUUUGAUGCUGAUUUUCAACCUGGACCAGAUUUCUUGAAGAAAACUGUCCCCCACUUUAAGGGGAAUGAUGAUCUAGCAUUAGUCCAGACAAGAUGGGCCUUUGUAAACAAGGAUGAGAACUUACUUACAAGAUUGCAGAACAUAAAUUUAACGUUCCACUUUGAGGUUGAGCAACAGGUUAAUGGUAUAUUUAUCAAUUUCUUUGGUUUCAACGGAACUGCUGGUGUAUGGAGGAUCAAAGCUCUUGAAGAAUGUGGUGGUUGGAUGGAAAGAACAACUGUAGAGGACAUGGAUAUUGCUGUCCGUGCUCAUCUUUGUGGAUGGAAGUUCAUAUAUCUAAAUGAUGUUAAGAGCCUUUGUGAACUCCCGGAGUCCUAUGAAGCAUACAAGAAACAACAGCACCGCUGGCAUUCAGGUCCAAUGCAGUUGUUCCGGUUAUGCUUCUUCGAUAUCCUUCGCUCAAAGAUCAGUUGGGCAAAGAAAGCGAACUUAAUAUUGCUUUUCUUCCUCUUGCGGAAGCUCAUCCUGCCGUUUUAUUCAUUCACUCUCUUCUGUAUUAUUCUCCCAUUGACUAUGUUCCUGCCAGAAGCUCAGCUACCAGCUUGGGUAGUGUGUUAUGUGCCUGGACUCAUGUCCAUCUUGAGCAUUCUUCCAGCUCCGAGAUCUUUCCCAUUUAUUGUUCCUUACCUUCUAUUUGAGAACACAAUGUCUGUCACAAAAUUCAAUGCCAUGAUAUCAGGACUGUUCAAAUUAGGAAGUUCCUACGAAUGGAUAGUUACUAAGAAGUUGGGAAGAUCAUCGGAAGCAGAUUUAAUUGCCUUCGCUGAAAAGGAAUCCGAUCCUCAGGUAGAAAUUAACAGUUUCCACAGGGCCUCUUCGGAUUCAGGCCUCUCAGAAUUGAACAAAUUAGAGUUGACAAAGAAAACUGGCAAGAAUAAGAAGAACCGGUUGUACAGGAAGGAGCUUGCCCUUGCGUUUAUUUUAUUAACCGCAUCUGUGAGAAGCUUGUUAUCUGCCCAGGGGAUUCACUUCUACUUUCUAUUGUUUCAAGGGAUCACGUUCCUUGUAGUUGGUCUCGAUUUGAUUGGAGAGCAGGUCAGUUGACAUAUCUCACUCUUUCCAUAGUGGUGAAAGCUUUUCCAAAGGUUGGCUCAUUUAUUGGCUACUUGUGGAGACCAAAGAUUAGGAUGAGAGGUCACAUUUUGCGCACCUUCACAUCCGUCACCAAAGUUCAAUAAUCAGAGCCUUUCCUAUUCAUACAUUCUCUGGUAGUUCUUGGCACACAAUUGAAGUUCCAAGGUAGUAUAUCCAGUGUGCAAUUGUCUGCUUCUCACAUAAACAUUCUAUUUAUUUACUACCAGAGAAACGAUUGAUAUGUUACUUCUUGCCAAGUCAGCCGGCGCUGUUUAUUGUAAAAGUAUGUUUUAGGUCUCAGCAAUUGGGAAGAGGAUUUGAAAAAUAUACAAGAGAGUAGAAGCUUUGUGACCAACCAGUUUGUUUGCUGUAAUUUUUCUGUACAUUGGUUUUGCCAUGUCAACCAAGGCAACAUUGGAUUAUUAAAUGUUAAAUUUUGGCCAUUAUUGAAUGAUUCAA